AUGCUUCACGUUUACACCCUUCUCUCUCUCUUUUCUCUCUCUUUGAACAUUAUUUCUCAGAAAUCUCUCUUUCUCUCGUUCUCUCUCUCUCUCGUUCUCUCUCUUUCUCUCGUUCUCUCUCUUUCUCUCGUUCUCUCUCUCUCUCUCUCUCUCGUUCUCUCUUCUCUCUCUCUCUUUCUCUUUCUCUUGUUCUCUCUCUCUCUCUUCUCUCUCGUCUCUCGUUUCUCUCUCUCUAAGUGUUCUCUCUCUCGUGUUCUCUCUCUCGUGUUCUCUCUCUCGUGUUCUCUCUCUCUCUCUCUCUCUCGUUCUCUCUCUCUCUCUCUGAAAGAAGCUGUAUUAAGCAUCUCUUUCUCUCUCUAUCUCUCUCUCACUUUUUUUUCCCUGUUUCUUUCUCUCUCUCUCUCUCUUAGUGUUUCCCUGAGUCGGGGGGGUUUACCUUCUCUCUUAGAAUGUUUUUUUCUUUCUCUAAUUCUUUCCUUUUAUUUACUCACUAUUAUUUACUUCACUCCCACUCACUCUUACCAUCCACCUAUCUCUAUCUACCUACCUACCUACCUACAAACUUUUCCUCUUUCUUUCUUUCUAACCCCUACCCAUCUAUGCUCCUUUGUUUCCCCCAGCUUUAUACACACGUAG